AUGAAACCAUCAUCCAAACCUUCGAACGUUGCUAAGAAAGUAUCUAGUGAUGGCAAAGACGAAAACUUGUCAAAGCCACCAGCUCCGCCAUCAUCUCCUGCAGAGCCCCAGUCGGGUCAUGAAGUCAACGAUGCUAAUCCUGAGCAUUCUUCUAAACCAGCUAGUAACGAAGCUCAGAGUGCAAAAUCUGUUGAUCCACCAAUGAGUAGUGAGUCUAAGCAAACAACUAAUAAACCAAAUAGUGUGCCGAGUAAUGCUAUGGAGUCUAAUCCAUCACCGACAGAAGACAACUCAAAUAAUAAAGUGCAUAUUUCAUUUAAUGGCGUCGAAACUGUCGAUGAUUUACUUGAGCGAAUCGAUGAAGCUGUUGAAAAUGCAAAAGUUGUUGUUGAUACUCGCAAAAACAAAUCUGCUUCUAAUGGAAAAAAAGAAGAAACUUCUAAUACAAAUGAUAUUGAGAAGAAAACUGAAGUGGAGACAGAAAAAGAACCAAUUCAUAUAACGUACAAUGAUGUACAUCAGUUAAAAGAUCUUUUAGCUCUAGUCAAUAAUCAACCAGGUCAUCGAAAAGUUGUACUUGAAGGUGUACCUAAAAAAACGAACGUUAUCACUUUAACAAAAACUGAUAAUUCUUCAACUGCCAAAUUUCCUGAAACAACAAAGAACGAACCAGAAGAUGUAUCUACAAAAGAAAAGUCAGUGGAAAAUGGGUCAUGCUCAGUGGAUAAAUCUUCAUCCAAAUCCGAUUUAAUCCAUAUUAAUAUUGAAAAUAUUGAAAACGUUAAUGAUCUAUUAAAUCGUAUUGAUGAUGCUGUUGAAAAUAUUCGAGUAGUGAUAGAUACAGAAUCUCCAACCGACAAAACACCAGACGUAUCAAAAUCAAAUGACAAGAGUCAAAGUGAAAGAAACGCUGACAAAAAAGGAACAAUUUACAAGAAAGAAAUAGCAGCUGCUAUGAAAUUUCAAAAACCAAACCUUGAAAUCGAACCAGUAGAUAAUCAAGAAAUAAAAAAGACCUUCUAA